AUGUCUGGAGCCCGGCGACACAAUUUGUAUAACGUCUAUUUGCACAUUAAAGACCGAUACUGGGCUGCCCGUGGCUCUCCUCAGAAUGCCCGACCGACCCAUCCGACGGGAUGGCGUCCAAUCCCCCUACGCCCCACCUACCUCUCCUUCAUCGCUUGUAUUAUGCUAUGUUUGCUAGUAGUGCUCGAAGCUUUGCGACAAUAUAGUGAACGGACCGGCGGGCUUCGCUUCUUUUCGGAUACCAAUGACCUGUCCCAUUUCGAAUCGUUUGCCUACAACUAUGUCCCCGUUAUCAUCGCCCUCGUUCUUGCUACGCUGUGGUCGUUCAUUGACUUUGAUGUGCUGCGCCUGGAGCCCUAUUUUCAAAUGUCUCGGCCGGAUGGGUGCCCUGCGACAGUCAUGUUCAUCAAUUACAAUUUCGGCCAGAGUUUCAUCACGCCAAUCACCUCCGCCAAACGUCGUCAUUGGUUGGUAUUGUCGGUCUCGCUGGUUACGCUUCUCAUUCGCAUAUUCCACCCUGCAUUGGAGAGUUCUCUUCUAGAAUUGCGAGAAGUGACUACGAUCACGGAGGAAUCAAUGAAGACCUGGUCCCAGUUCGUGGAUCUGUCCGCCCAGGCACGCUGGUUUUCCGUGCAGGAAGAUACCGAAAGCAGCAACUUCGACGCGUAUUUUACGGACGCCGCGGACCUCCAACAGUCUCGUUCCGGGGAGUUUUCGGUUGCACCGGUCCAGAUUCCUUCGGAUGACCGCCGAGAAAGCACUGUAUGGACGCUCAACCAGACCAUCUAUUGGACCCAGCUCGACUGCCAGGACCUGUUCGAAGAAGCCAAUUUUCCAGUUUUCAUGAACCAAUCGGACGAGGUUGGGCCCUGGCUAUACUGGGAUGUCGAUAACGUGCACAUUACCGGUUUGGGUGAGGAGUGCACCUUGGAUUUUUCUUAUGAUAAUGUCGUCUUCGAAAAGACCGAUUAUCUUCAGACCAGAUAUUGGGAACCGACCUGGUCCCAGAAUCCGUUCACAGAUGCAGAGAAAACGUUCACCCCGGAUGGAUGUGAUUCUAUUGACCUUUACGGUGUUGUUUUGACCAUCAAUGCCUCCUCUUUUGGUUCCGACACUAUCGCCGCUGCAAGAGAUCGCCUCACAUCGUCCGCCACCAUGUUCGCUUGCAACAUUGAAUACUACCAGGGCGAAGCGGAGAUCACGAUGCACGCCAACAGUUCAAUAACCAGCGCCAAGCUGUUCAAUGAAACCAAAAGGGAACUCACCCAGGAGGAAUUUAAUAUCGACGCGUUCCAAGGAUUCCUAGGCCAUCGAGCCAUGUAUACUAGCGAUACUCUCUUCUUCGAAACCAACGAAACUACCGGUGAUCGCAUGGUAACCGAGUUACCCGUCAUCAGCCAGUACGUCGGAGAUCUCGACCCUGUCAUCGUUCUGGAUACAUCCGAGGCCAUGAACUUGGAUGAAUUCACGGCCAAAGUUACGAGGGGAGUGAAGCAAACCUUUAUUCUUAUGAUGACCCGCCUGUUCAACCCUGACGUUGCACCUUCCACCACGCCCGCGCUUCGUUCCACCGGGCAGGUUGCUCUUGCGGUAGUCUCAGUUGUUGCGCGCUGCGCCGAGGCCAUCCUCGGAAUCGGCGUCGCUCUCACCCUCAUCAUGCUACGUUACUACCACAAGCGACCGAAUAUUCUCCAGAGUGACCCGGGUUCAAUUGGAGCGAUGUGCAGUAUGCUGACCGACGUAUUUGGUAUGGGUAAUGUUCUGGCCAACCCGCAAUCCGGUUUCCAUCAGUACUCGACACGCCAAAUUCGUCGUCUUUUGGGCGACUGCCGGCUGAGAUGGUACCACGGUCCACUUGGGAGUCGUCUUGAGAUUGUGACCGUCGAUGGCAAUCCCGUGCAGUUAGAUGAUCAAAUGCGAGUUCGGGCGGACCCGAGACCCCAUUUCCUGAUCAUUCCGAUCUUCGUCCUUGAAUUCCUGCUCCUUGCCGCGGUGAUUGUCCUGAUGAGCCUGGCCGCAUCCUCCCUCGCCAAGGACGGUGGUUUUCAACACCUGAACCAGUCGAGUUCGAGUUUUCUUCAAGUCGUUCUUUCCUUCCUCCCGUCCGUCGUUGCUUCAGCGGUUGGCGCGCUCUGCACGUCCAUUCAUCGGAACUUGAGCAUUCUCGAGCCAUGGGUUCAUCUCCAGCAUGGCAUGGCCACCGUGAGCAGUUCAUUGACCAUGAAUUACUCCUGUCAAAACCCGUGGACUGUUUUACCAAAAGCCGCUAAGAACCGCCAUGUCCUACUGGUCUUGAUCUCAAUUGCUUGCAUCUCCAACACAAUACUGACCACGGUUGCUGGUGGGCUGUUCACGCAGCAGAUGACCGAGUCAGAAACUGGGACGGACGCCCUGUAUGCAAACUACAGUCACUCCGUGUUUUGCCAAGACGACUUUGCGGCGGACUUCACUGAGUAUGAUCUGAUCCAAACCAGCAUUACCAGUGGGGUCCCGUUGCUUCCGUGGACAAGCACAAACCACUCAUUUGCGCCUAUUAUGAUCUACGAUGGUGACCAGGACUCGUCCUACAGCGCAACGACGUUGGGAGUCGGAGCUCAUCUCGACUGUUGGUCUUUGUCCAUUCCUGGAAAUAUAACCGAUCUUGAUGAUGGCCCGCACUGGACCUACCAUCCGUCGAAGCAGCCAGAGCAGGAGUGCCGGGUGAAAAUGACACCGCCCCGUGACCAAAACGAUAGAUAUUCCCUGUCAAUCAACUUCUACUCUCCGAUUGCCACGGAUGAAAACGACAUCUGCCAAACGUCUACGAUGUUGAUCGUGGGACGGUGGAAUUAUACCGCGGCGUCGGGGGUCACCCCUGAGAACACGGUCGCUUUGCAAUGUGAACCGGACAUUAUGCUGAAAAACUACUCAAUCACAUUUGAUUCAAAAGGCCAAAUAAUGGAUCAUUUUCCGGUUCCCGACACUGCCAUAACCUCCGGACGGAUGUACGACAAUGCCACAAUCAGUCUUGGCCAGUUCAAUAAAGUAUUUGCUGCUAUUCCACAAAGCUUCUACGGGCAGCAAUCAGAUUCAGAUUCCGGCUAUAUUUCGUCUUACGAUUGGGCUGGCUUUCUCGUGGCUCUUCUCUACAAGCGGGAUGUGGCACCCAUUACGCAUAUUGAUGCGGCCCAUCUGACGAACCUUUCGCAAACUGUAUAUCAAUGGGUGUACGGUACAUACUUUUCGCUAUGGCGGGAUACCUAUCUUCUGCCGCUCGACGAACCCAUCCCAGCCCAAAACGCCACCGUUAUAUGGAGUGCAUGGCGCAUGGAGCCGUCAGUGUCAUCACUUAUCAUUGCGAUGACCGUGAUUGGGCUUGACACCGUGAUCGUGUUGAUUGUUUUCGGCACUCGUCGGGGUAGGUUCAAGGGGCCUCGGAUCCCGCGCUCCAUCGGGUCAGUGAUCCCGUGGAUUGCCAACAGCCAAAUGAUUCACGACUUUGACGGUACUUAUGGCUGGACUAACAACCAGAGACAGACGCAUCUAGAGCGACUGAAAAAGCGGUAUGGAUUUCGCAUGUUUCUGCGCGACGACAAUGUGUGGAGGUACGCUGUCGACGAGGAGCCACCGGUGGCUGCUACAAAGACAAUCACGGCGGGAGAGGCGGCGCCGGACUCGACGUCCGCAGGCGGAAAGCCACCAGACGAGAUCGAGCUCAGUGUUGUCGAGAAUCAAGGCACACCGAUAGAGACGACGCCUCCGGAGACGACCUUUCCGGAUACACCCCCUCCCGACUAUUCCGCAGCACCUCCAGACGCACCAGCGCGUGAAACAAAUGAGAUUCGUGAGCAGGACUCGCGAACUACGUGA